UAAAGAAUUCGAGAUUAGGCUGGCUCGGGUGGAAUUUUUAGCCACAAUCAGUAGGAAUUCGUUGUAGAAAGGUCUGAGAAUCGGGUCGUUUCAUUACUGGCAAGGCCAUGUGGACUAAAAAUUCGGCUGGCCUUUUUCGGCCACAAAACCGUCGAGACGAGGGCGAUUCGCCGCCGGAGUGGAAGAUGGCUGCCAACAAAGUGAAGGAUGACGUCGAGCUGGACGAGAUGGAGGACGAAGAAGACGCCGGCGACGGAGUGGUCGUGUCCAAGCGCAGCCUCCUUGGAGCCCUCAACCAGUACCAGAACGUCAUCGAGAUGAUGCAGGCGUUGUCUCCGUCGGUCAAGCGCAGACUCAAGGCCCUCAAGCGGUUGCAGUUCGAGGCGACCAAGGUGGAGGCCCAGUUCUACCAGGAGUACCACGAGCUCGAGAUGAAGUACGAGGUGCUCUACCAGCCCAUCAGGGACAAGCGAAAGGAAAUCGUGAACGGUGCCCACGAGCCGACCGACCAGGAGUCGGAGUGGCCGUCGGACGAUGAGAAGGAUGACGAUCUGUGCGAGGAGACGACCAAGAUGAAAAUCGAGGACGUGGCCGCCGACAGCAAGCCGGCCGCCGCCGCCGAGGACAAGAACAAGAAGAACGAGCCGGAGAAGGGCAUUCCUGACUUCUGGCUCACCAUCUUCAAGAACGUGGGCAUCCUCUCUGAAAUGGUGCAGGAACACGACGAGCCCAUCCUCAAGAACCUCAAAGACAUCGUUGUUACGCUCACCGACAAGCCAAUGGGCUUCAACCUCGACUUCUACUUUGCGCCAAACGACUUCUUCAACAAUGCAGUGCUCACCAAGCAUUAUGAAAUGAAGUGCGAGCCCGACGAGGGCGACCCAUUCAGUUUUGAAGGCCCAGAAAUUGUCAAGUGCACGGGCUGCACAAUAGACUGGAAAAAGGGAAAGAACGUGACUGUGAAGGUGGUGAAAAAGAAGCAGAAGCACCGCUCCAGAGGCUCGGUGCGCACCGUCACCAGAACUGUCCAAAAUGACUCGUUCUUCAACUUCUUCGACCCGCCUGCCGGUAUGAAAUUCACAGAAAAGCCAAUUUUGUUUAAAAUUAAAAUUAAUUUUGCAGUCGAAGACGAGAAUGAAAUGGACGACCACAUUCAGUCGCUCCUCACUGCCGACUUUGAAAUUGGACACUAUAUUCGCGAGAGGAUUGUCCCCAACGCUGUCCUAUUCUUCACAGGCGAGGCUUUAGAAGACGAGGAUUACGAGGAGGAAGAGGAGAUGGAGGACGAGGACGAAGAGGAGGGCGAGAACGAGGGUGGCGGCGGAGUGGUGAACAAGGCGUCGCUGCGCAACGCCGCCGCCGGCAACCCCAACGAGUGCAAGCAGCAAUAAUAAUUCUGUUGGAAAGAACGAAGAAGCCUCUGUGUUGAUUGGACCAUAUCUCAAUAUAAUGAAAACACGCGUACACCACCACCACCACACUGACACACACCGACACACAAAUUAAAAAUGAUGUAUUUCCAAGCGGCAAUCUCUUUGCGUUCGACAAUAUAUUAUGUAAACGAUAUUAUUUAUUGCUUUCAUCAUCACAGCCAGUGGGACUCAAUCAACCUCACAAGUUACUACUCCUCCUCCUCUUGUUUUUCCAAUGAUUAUUCCUCAAGCUAGGCAACUACUUUUUUGUGUAAGUGUCGCUUGCUCGGUCGCUACACUCUGAAACUCGCACGAUCGUUGUUUUCGGCCUUAAUUUCUUUGUCGUCCUGGAUUUUUACUUGGAUCUUGCUAAGUUACCUAGAAUAUUACGGAUGAUUAAAUUGCAUACUUUAUAAUAA